AUGUCAGUUGUGCCGAGGCGAGCCCAAAAGGCCCGCGUGGUGGAUAACAGCGACUCAUCAAGCCAGGCAUCCGAAGACAACAGCCCCCCACCCAAGAUCGACCCCAAGGCCAACAGAAUUCGUCUUCACUACGCUGCCGAGAAGCCAGACAGACCUAGCGCGGGAGUCAACGGCAGAUAUGGCAUGUUCUCUCAGGUCGACCCACGUCUUCCACCGCCUGCGACUCCGAGCAAGACGGUCGCGAAGCGCAAGAGAGCCACCUUGGAUAAGACGGGUAGUAACAAGAAGUCAGAGAUGAGAGACAUGUCAGGAGAGCGAGAGCAGAGUCCACUGUUCGAACCGGAGUCUGAUGGACGGCAAGAUGCAGACACUGUUAUGCUGAGUCCGCCUUCGACGCCAUCAGCCAACGUGCGCCUGCCAAGCCGCAAGAAGGGCAAGCUUACCCUCGGCCGCCGUGUUCACAAGCCCAUUGUCAUCGAGAGUAGUUCUUCAAGCUCUGACUCCGAUUCCGACACUCAAUCCAACAUCGUCGUAGCCACACAAGAUGACCCCACAGCUAACACCACUAAAGAGCUAAUUGCCGGUUCCAUCCUACCUGGAGAUGUCUCAGUCGUUGAUGAGUACAUCAGCGUUCUCAAGGAUAGGGCCUCUUGUUCUUCCGAGAUUGCUAAGCAUGAACAGAACAUCGAGGCACUUACCGAAGAGGAAGCCGCAGUAUCUCUCGCCAUCGCCGGACUUGCUGACACAGAGGAAGAAGAGUUUGCCGCGAUUGCGCAAUCAUGCGCUCGAGGCAUCCAAGAGGAUAUGGCAGACCCGGACAUAGCUGCUGAUAUGUCUGCUAUCCAUGCUGCCGUUAAGAAGCGCAACAAAGAAGCGGAGGUGGCUCGUCAAGCUGUACCGGAGGUGAUGGCCGAGAGAAAGGAAGAGCUGGAGGCGCAAGCUUCGGAACUUCGUUACAAGCGAGAGGGUUUGAUGGAGGAGAGGUCGUACUCCCAGUACGAGAAGUUGGAUGAGAGGAAGAAAGAGUUGGAAAACCGGGGUGGCAUGGCCAUGGCAUUUGAGCUGGGCAAGAGGUCGGUGAAAUAA